AUGAUAAGACGACAUAUUACUUCGCACCAUAUGACGCUCACAGAGUCCGAAUUUGAAAACAUCGCGGCUGAAUGGAUCCGCUUCGCAAAACAGCGAAAUGAUUACGAUGCUGAACAAAAGACCCAUUAUGAUAACUCCGAAUUAGACAACACAAAUGAUUACGAUGCUGAACAAAAUACUCAUUAUAGUAACUCCGAAUUAGACAACACAGAUGAUUACGAUGCUGUACAAGAAAACACUGGAGACGUCGAACACAACUGUGAUGCAUCAGAAUCCAAUGAAAACGAAAAUAAUUCAUCGCUAGAAGAUAUCGAUAAUGAAAAUAAUAUGGAAGUCGACGAAGCAUUAGAAUUGAAUCUAGAUAAUAGACACAUUAUCCAGCAACCACAAAUGGAGGUAAGGGAUCCUCUUUACGAAGAUUGUCCUUUAACAAGAGAAGAGAGUGAACUAUUGAUUCUCGGAUUGUCUAUAAGGCAUCACAUCACAGAUGCCACAUUAGAAGAUAUAAUUCAAGUGAUUGAUUGUCACCUUCCACGUCCAGUACAUAUAUCGAAAUUUCGUAUAUUAAAUCGUCUCUCGGUGUCUACUGGAAAUGGCACGAUUUAUUACUAUUGUCCAAAUUGUAAUGAACUUCUACGACAUAAUGAAUAUGAAUUAGAAGUACAAUGUAAUGAUUGUGAAACUCUAUUCGAGAAAUCCGAAUUGAAACAAAAGGGUAACUUUUUUUUCAUUUUCCAAUCAAAAAACAACUGAUAGAUGUGAUUAAUAAA